GUGUUCGUGUGUGUAUCGUAUUAAUAAAGGCUGUCCCCCGCCGCAGGCUUCGGGAGCGCUCCUCGCUACGACGCGCUUGGAAGUCGACACUCCCGGAGCCCCCGCUGGACGUGGAGCGGCACCAGAGACGAUGGCGGACGAGGCGAAGAGGAAGAAGAAGGACAAAAAUAAGGACGAUAGGGUGACAUUGAAGAAGGAAAUCGGACUUUUGAGCGCGUGCGCCAUCAUCAUCGGCAAUAUUAUUGGCUCGGGCAUCUUCGUGUCCCCCAAAGGCGUCUUGGAGCAUGCCGGCUCCGUGGGACUGUCGCUUAUCGUGUGGGUGUGUGGAGGCGGGAUCUGCGUGUUGGGUUCCAUGUGCUACGCCGAACUGGGCGUUACCAUCCCCAAGUCGGGAGGAGACUAUUCCUACGUGACGGAGAUCUUUGGCGGGCUCAUCGGCUUUCUGUUGCUCUGGAGCGCCGUGCUGAUCAUGUAUCCAACCACGCUGGCCGUCAUCGCCCUCACCUUUGCCAACUACGUGCUGCAGCCCGCCUUCCAGAACUGCCUGCCACCGUACGCCGCCACCAGGCUGCUGGCCACUACCUGCGUCUUGUUAUUGACCUGGGUGAACUGCACUAGUGUGCGCUGGGCCACCCGGAUCCAGGAUGUGUUCACGGUGGCCAAACUGCUGGCUCUAGGCCUCAUCAUCAUUGUGGGACUGGUUCAAAUCGGCCGAGGCUACUACGACGCUCUGGUGCCCAGUGUGGCCUUCGAGUUCAGUCAGAAACCGACUGUCGGUGAGAUCGCACUGGCUUUUCUGCAAGCGUCCUUCGCUUACAGUGGCUGGAACUUCCUCAACUAUGUCACCGAGGAGGUGGUCGAGCCACGCAAGAACCUGCCCCGGGCUAUCUACAUCUCCAUCCCCUUGGUGACGCUGGUGUACACCAUGACCAACAUCGCCUAUUUCACUUCCAUGAGCCCAGAGGAGCUGCUGGCGUCCAAUGCCGUGGCGGUGACGUUUGGUGAAAAGCUGCUGGGCAUGUUCUCUUGGGUGAUGCCCAUUUCCGUGGCCUUGUCCACUUUUGGGGGUAUCAACGGCUAUCUCUUUACCUCCUCCAGGUUAUGUUUCUCAGGGGCCAGGGAGGGUCACCUACCUUACUUGCUGGCCAUGAUCCACCUUAAGAACUGCACCCCCAUUCCAGCCCUGAUGGUCUGCUGCUUCGCCACCAUCGUCAUCCUGUGCAUCGGUGAGACGCACAAUCUGAUCAAUUACGUGUCCUUCAUCAAUUAUCUGUCGUACGGCGUCACCAUCGCUGCCCUGCUCUACCUCCGCAAGAAGAGUCCAAACCUGGUGCGACCAAUCAAGGUGAACCUGCUGAUCCCCAUCGCUUACAUGCUGUUCUGGGUGGUGUUGCUGUGCUUCAGCCUGUACUCUGAGCCGGUGGUGUGUGGCCUGGGCAUGGUCAUCAUGCUCACCGGCGUGCCCGUCUACUUUGUGGGCGUCUGGUGGAAGAACAAACCCAAGUGGAUUUACAAAUUCACAGAGAAACUGACUUACAUGGGCCAGAAGGUGUGUUACGUGAUGUUCCCUCAGGAGGACCCCGAAGCCGAAGCUCUCACGUCGUCCAAAAACACAGACUGAGCCUUUGUCGCCACCUAAUGGGAGAAUUCACAAAUACACUCUUGUUGAAAUGUGACUUUAAGCACACGCGCGCACCCACACACACACAAAAUCUAAGUGUAUGGUGCCACCCACAGGUUAAAACGUGCACCUGCGGACCUCAAUCUUGUAUCACAUCUAGCACUUCCUGUUUUUCUGACGCACAAGAGCGCCCCCCAAUGGAUGGGAUGCUGACCGUAAUUUUUCUAUGCAAUUUGGCCGUUUGUGUCGAAACUAAAACAGCUUUUAACUCAUCGAAAACAGAUUCAAGACAACGUUAAGACUUUAUGAAACUUUUUUAAAAAAAACAUUAUAAUGCAAAGACUUUUGGGGGAUUUUUAUUUAGUCACCCUUUGACAUGCAAAUGUGUUAGGGAGGAUUUAGUUCAUGUAUCAUUCAUCCAUCCAUUUUCUAAUCCGUUUAUCCUCAAAGGUCGUGGGUGUGCUGGAGCCCAUCACGGCUGUCUUUGGGCAGUAGACGGGAUAUACCCUGAACUGGCUGCCAACCAAUCACAGGGCACACGUAGAUGAACAACCAUUCCCGCUCACACUCACACCUAAGGACAAUUUUAGCCUGUCAUGCAUGUGAAUGGCAUGUGGUAGGAAACCGGCGUACCCGGAGAAAACCCACGCAGGCACAAGGAGAACAUGCACACUUCACAAAGGAAGGCCAGAGGGUAAUCGAAACACUGCACCUCUGCACUGUGAAGACGACAAGCUAACCAGUUGACCACCGUGCUGCCACGUCACAAUCAGUUUCCUGUAAAAAGACUUUCAUGAGGUUCAGUCUGACAUGGCGUGAUAGCGCCACCAGCUGCUACUCUCGGGGGAAACCAUUUUAAAUGUUUUUUAAAGAUGUUUUUCAAAUUCACCCCUGGUUAACUCUGCUAUCUUUUAUGCUACAUAAAUGCGAAUGUGCCUUUUUGAUGAGCAUUUGUUUGGUGUGUGUAUUGUCAUAUUUGUAUAAAUGCCAGGGAAACAAUGAUAAACAUUUCUUAAAUGUUGUUGCUGAUUGGUUGAUCUGCAAACAACAAAUUGGUGCAUCUAUCUAUAUAUUUAUAUUUUGAAUUCGUAUUAAUUGUGAUUAUACUGCCACUACAUUGUACAUGUUGCUUCAUUGUUUGUAUUAUAAUAAUAAUAGGAUUGAUAAUAUCAUCUCAUCAUCAUCAAAGAUACAUUACGGUAGCGAUAUAAACCGCCAACCUUUUGUCAGACCAAGACCAGACCAAGUGUCCGUCCCCCCCAACAAGUUUUUAAUUGGGAAAAAAAAACAUUUUGGUGGAUGCAGCUGAUGAAUUUACAACCUGUACCAUUGAUGGCUUGUUUGUGUUUUCUUCUGUAAAUGUUUAUAAAAAUAUAAACAAUAGCAAUGCAAAGCUCAUUAAAUAUCGCAACUUUCCAGGAGCCCA